AUGGAUGAAGAUAAUAAUAAAGUAACAGAAGAAGAGGCCACUGAUGAUAUUACGUCCAUUGAUAUAAACUUGAAAUCUAGAAAAUCUGUUAGAAUAUCUGAUACAACCUUCAGAGUUUUACAAUAUGGCAGUGUUCUGAAAACUUGGAAUGAAAUUUCAAAAAUUAAUUAUUUAUCUUCUUUGUCAUUACACGAUGUAUCCAAAGACCAACAUAUAUUCAGCUCCAACUUUCUUCCGAAAGCACUUAUCAGUUUAGCUUUUGAUAUUCUGGAUAGGAAAAGAAGAGACAGUUUGACAUCUGAAAAUUUUCCAAUCAUCAUAACGCCACUGUUAAAUGAAGACCAAUUAUGGGGAUGUUUCUAUAACUUCCCUGAACUUUACGAUGAUAGUUAUUCCCCCGUGGUCAAAAUAAGAAAUAUUGAAGAUGUGCCACCACUAGAAGAGGGAACUCUCACAAGGGACAUGGUCACCGCUUGUCUAAGUUAUUUGAAACGAACUCCAAUACUGGGAGACUUUGUGUAUAUAAAAUUAAAUUUAUCAUCUAAAGAUUUAACUGAAUUUUGGUCGAUGACAGUGCUGGAUUUAUCACACAACAAUAUAAAACAUAUUAGUGGACUUCAAAAUUUAAGAUAUCUCCGUCGCCUCGAUUUAUCGUUUAAUCACAUCCAAAGAUUAGAAAAUCUUAAUCAUCUUAGACUUGUGUGGUUGGACAUAUCAAAUAACAAUAUAAGUAGUUUCGAAUUUGGACAUGAUGUGGGUCUUUGGACUUUGCUACACCUAGAGUAUCUAAAUUUGAACGAAAACAACCUCUCCUCAUUGAAAUUAUUUUCGGGGUGCACAAGAUUAAAAGAGCUCCAUGUACGUAAUAAUCAACUAGGCAUACUCUUGGAGUUAGCAGUAUACAUGAGGACAAUGCGGCGCCUCGUGUUGAUUGACCUGCGAUCGAAUCCAAUGUGCAAUGUUCCGGGUUAUAAAGAUGUGGUCAUUAACACAUUUCCUGUACUACUAAAUUUAGACAACGAAGACUUGGAUCCUAUUGAACAAAGGACGCUAAAAAUGAAUAUGACGCCAGACAUACAAACGUUUGCUGCUCGACGUCUUUCACGACUCCUGUACAUUGAACAGUUGUCCAGAGCUCGAGUAUCCAUGUACACCCCACCAGCAGAUAGCACGGAUGUACCAAUCGUUAUACUUGUGGGAUACGAAGCUGUUGGUAAAGGAGCACUUGCCCGUCGUCUUGCUACAGAAUGCAGUUCAAACGUUGAACUAGCUCUACAACAUACAACUGCUUUCUAUCACCAGAUAGAUCAUUACAUAGUUGUGUCACGGAAAAAUUUUGAUGAAAUGCUUUUGGACGGCGAAUUUCUCACUUAUAGUGAAAUGGACGGCGAAUCAUAUGGACUAACUCGUGAACAAGCGUUUGUGAAAGAUGGCAAAGUAAAAAUCGUCACAAUGGAUCUUAUCGGUGCUUUAAUGCUGCAGCUAAGGGGAUAUCGCCCUUAUAUGAUACUAACAUUCUGUCAUGACAAACGAUCACUUGCUCUUCGACAGCAAGAACGUAAGAUAAUAAGAAACGCGGCGUAUGAGAAACGCUUGUCUAUGGAUCCGCCUACGGAAUUGUCAACCUUACAAGUUUUAUUGUCGGGAAGAAUUAUUAUCAAAGGGUUGCUUAAUGAAAUUGUUCAGAGUUCCACCUCGUUUCCUAAAGAAGAAGUCAAUAAAAGUCCUGCAGAUUCAAGUUUAUUUUCUUUAUACAACCAACCCCAAGGCAUGGAUGAAUAUGUAAGCGAUGUUUACGGACAAGUUUUAUUCCAUGAAAAACACUCGAAAAGAUCAAUUGAUACUCGAUCACUCCCAGCAAAAGAUCAAGCGAGCAGUCAUGGUCGGCACCAUGCAUCUUCUGCGUGGAAAGUUGGCAGCAGAAAGUCGUCAAAGUCCGUAACAUUCACAUCAGGAGUUGCUUAUGAAGAACGUCAAGAACUACAUAAUGACGUGGAAACUGAUCCAUCUGGGAUGUUGGUCGAGACUCCACGUGAAGCAGAUGGUGAUAAUUAUCUCUCAUACAAUUAUUAA